CCUUUCUUCUCCCUUAAACUACAACAAUAAUCAGUCUCCGCCUCGCCUAGCCCUCCCCACGACCCUACACCACUCUAUCACUCUAUACACAGAAAUAUAUACAAUUGCAUUGGUACACACAUAUAAAGGUGGUAUAUAUUUAUAUAGAGUUGUUUGGGGGGGUGUGAUUUGAAGAAGAAGAAGAAGAAGAUGAUGAUGAAUAGUGGUGGUAAAGAUGCUGCAGGCAGACUUAUGAUGAUUCCGAGCAGCAUCAAGAACACGAUCGAGAAUAUAAAGGAGAUAACCGGUCAAAGUCACAGUGAGGAGGAGAUUUACGCAAUGCUCAAGGAAUGCUCCAUGGAUCCCAACGAGACUGCCCAGAAGCUCCUCCUUCAAGAUACAUUCCAUGAAGUAAAAAGGAAGCGUGAUAGGAGAAAAGAGUAUCUGAACAAGGAGUCUGUAGAGUCAAGGUGGAAGCCUGGUGUGCAGACAAGGGUGAAUAGAGGGGGUCAGAGGAACCAUGCAUCACAAUAUGUCUCUCGUGAUGGGGGAAGGAACUUGGCCGGAGGAAAGGAAAAUGCUACCAGUCAAAUUUCAGAAAAAGAUUCUAGCCCAGCUCCCUUGCCCAAGUCACAGGAUGCCAAAAGCUAUGAAACAACUUCUUUUGCAAGACCUAUAACUGAUGUUGCUAUUGGUCUUUCCCAUAUAACUUCUAUUAUUACUAGUGUUGUACCUGAUGCCCAUGCAUCCAGAGGUAGUGGUGUUAAUCAAUCUAAAGCAACUGGAAACACUAGGCUGGGUAAAUCAGAGGGGCGGCACCAGAUACUGAAUUCCGGUAACUGUGGAACAUCUCUUUCUUCUGCACCUUCCUCAGGAGUUCAUUUGUUUUCUUCAGAUCCUGAUUUUGUGCCAUCUCAAGAUUCAUGUCUUGCUAGUGCGCAAGGGACUAUUAAACAUGAAGUAGAAAUGCAGUGUAUUCCUGUUGAGCAGAUGGCAGACACUUCUGUUGAGGGCAAGUCGUUUGCUGUAUCAGCUACAGAGGUUGGGAACUCCAUUGAACAGAAGAUGCCAAGCAAUUGCAAGGGAGCUGAAAAGGACAAUAUUGUAGAAUCUCCACAAACAACAUCUUCUUCUAUUCAUGGUGGUUCUUCUAUUAGUAGGCCUUCAUCUAAUUCCAACAAUCGGCCGCUUUCAAUUGGUCCACCAAAAGUGGGUACUGGCAAGGAAUGGAAACCAAAGUCUGCAAAUUCCAGUAUUACUCAGAGAUCUGGCUCGGUUGCUCCACUUGAAAUUCCUGGAGUUCCUGUUGAAAGUCAUACUACAUUGCAGCCGACACCCAAUUUCCUUGCCUCAAAGGAUGUAACUUUAGAGCUGCAGAGAAAGCUAGACGAUUCUCACAUUUCACGUAAUCAACAAGUCAUUAUACCUAGUCAUCUACAUGUUCCUGAAGCUGGAAAGCUGGGGUUUUGUUUUGGAAGUUUUGAUGCUAGCUUUGGACUAGACACAUCCUGCGGUGAUGCUUCUAGGAGUAACGAGAGUCCAUGUCGGUCUAAAUCUUCCAAGGCUGUUGAGGAACCUGCUAAGGAGCAAUCUUCAAGCCAUCAGAAUGGAUUGGUAGCUGCAGAGGAUACAGAAAGAAAAUAUCCUUAUAUUUCCCAAUCAUCUUCUCAUGGACCCGAAAAUUUUCCAUCCAGUGAUGUUGAAGUUUCAUCCUCUGUUGCUCAAGAAUAUGUCGAGUCCAAGCAGGAGGUUGCUCCCAGAAUUCAUCAACAUCCUCUGGCUCAUACUUCAAACUACAGCUUUGGUUUUAUGCCACCAAUAUUGAGUAGCCACCUUGCACCCUUGGAAAGUUCUGAAUCUCAAGCUCAGCAAUCAUUUGAUCUAGCAAGCUAUUAUGCACAAUUCUAUCGCCCUGAUGCGGAUAGUGAUGGCCGCACUUCACCUUUCAAUUCCACUGGAGCUGCGACCAAGUACAAUGAAAAUGCUGCAGUGGUCUCUUCACAGAUUUCUCCGUCACCUCAAGAGAGUGGUGUCCCUCUGGUUUUAUCCACAGCAGCUCCAACAUCAGUUGCAACUCAAUCUUCUGGGGUUAUGCAACCUCUUCCAGUCUUACAACAACCAACUGGGGUGCACCUGCCACAUUACCCUCCAAACUACUUUCCAUACGGCCCUUAUUUGUCUCCAUUGUAUGUACCACAACCAGCAAUUCAUCAAUUCUUAGGCAACGGUGCAUUUCCUCAGCAACCUCAGACUGGAACUGUUUAUCCAACUCCACCAGGGGUGGCUGCCAAAUAUUCGAUUUCUCAAUAUAAGCAAGGACCUAAUACAGGAAAUGCGACUCACAUUGGAAUGCCUGGUAACUAUGGAACAUAUGGCCUUCCCUUGCCCAACUAUGCAUCCAGUUCCGCUACAACGGCUGAUAAUUUAAGUAGUGAAGAUCUUGCUCCUCAAUUUAAGGAAAAUAAUGUGGUCAGCAGCCAACAGGGUGAAGGUUCAAGUUUGUGGUUUACUACACCUAGUCGAGAUAUUUCAACCUUGCAGGCUGGUUCCUUUUACAAUCUUCCUCAAGGUCAACUGGCUUUCUCCCCAACACAGCCAGGCCAAGGAGCGUUCACCGGUCUCUUCCACUCAGUACAGCCAGUGACAUCACUUCACCCUCUUCCGCAACAAUCCCAAUCCAUUACCACCCCUAUUGAUAUGAUGAGACCAACUGCUAGUGUUCAUCAUCAGGCACAAAUAAACUGAGUGUAAAUCCCAAUCUCAGACAGUUUAUUAGAUUUCCACAAGUUUUGGUUUAACAGGCAAGAUCAAGAAGGCGAAUGCCAGAACAGAGGAUAUAUUUAUGGAAGAACGCCAUUAAAAUUGGCCAAUGGUGCUCUUUCUGGUUUACAUAUAAUCAAUAACAGGCUUUUCAAGUUAAUUACAUUCUGGAUUUUGUCUAUAGUUUCGGGUUUUUAUUUAAGGCAGUGAGAGUUUAGAAGUACUUGCAUUUUCUUUGCAUCAGUUUGGCGCACUGAUGUGAGGUUUAUAGGAGUUGUCCCACUAUUAGUGUUUUAUUUUCCGAGUUGUUUUGAGUCACUCUUUGCUGUCUUACCUGUAUAGCGAACUUUGAUUCUUCAUAGGAAGAUGUACUUGGAACUGUUGUAACUGAUUUUGUAUGCAAAUGGCUGAUUCAAUUGUGGCGAAAUUGGCAUCA